UUGAGAGGGAGAAGAUAGAGAGGGAGCGAGAGCGAGAGAGGGAAAGGGAGAGGGAGAGAGAGAGGGAGAGACUGGAGAACGAGAGGAUGGAGAGAGAGAGAGAGAGGGAAAUACAGGCCGCAGGUCUGGAUGUUUGUGGGAACAUCAUGAGCCGGGGAGCCAACGAGAAGAGCAGCAUUGGCAUGACCCAACACCAACACAGAGAGAUGGCAGCUGCCAGAGGCGACAGUGAGAACAACCCAGGCGGCCAUAACCCUCCGAACCACAACCCGCCGAAGAUCAUGCCAGUGUCAGGAAAACUGGAGCAGGCGAUGCAGAGCAACUCAGGCCUCGUCCGUCCCUCUGCCUUCAAGCCGGUGGUUCCCAAGAGCUUCCACUCCAUGCAGAACCUGGUGGGCCAGGCAGGAGGGGCUGGGAGCGAGGGCAAGACUGAGGCGAGGAGUGAAGGGUUCAGUGAGAGCAGAGGAGGCAGGAGAGGCAGGGACGGAGGAGGUGAAUCAGGAGAGGUCCCAGAGGCCCUGCUCCUGGACCAGGAGAGCCCAGUGAGGGUGAGCAGAAGUGAGGGUGGGGGGAAUGGUAAUGAAGUGGUUCAGGGAGGGAUGUCUGAUUCAGGUAGAAACUCCCUGACCAGCCUGCCCACCUACACGGGCUCAGGGUCUGGUUGUGGGCCCCCAGCAGUCCUGGGGCCUCUCAGUGCUUCCACCAGUCACAUCAAUAGGUUGGGCAUGGCUGGGGCAGCUGCAGGCCUGGACAAGCUUGAAAAGCCUGGCUAUCAGAACGGACUCAGCGCCUCAGACAGUGGCCGGUCGUCCUCAGGAAAGAGCUCCUCGUCCUAUCAGAGGCUGAGCCACCUGAGUGAUGCGCCUGCACCUCUGCGCCCCUCCCCUUCCUCUGAUGACAUCAUCCAGGACCUUGAGGACCGUCUGUGGGAGAAAGAGCAAGAGGUGCAGCACAUGCGCAGAAACCUGGACCAAAGUGAGGCAGCCAUCAUUCAGGUGUUUGAGGAGAAGCAGCGGGUCUGGGAGCGACAGAUGGAUGAGCUGAGACAGAACUACGCUUCACGCCUGCAGCAGGUGACGCGACGGGCUCAGCGCUCCCAGACUGCCCUGCAGGCCCAGAUAGGCCGUCUGUCCCAGGACAAGAGGAGGCUCCAGGAGGAGAUGGCGGCUCUGUUGGCCCAGAGAGAGGACCUGGAGAGGAAGUGUCUGGAUUACAGGAAGGAGCAGGCCGACAUCUUGCCUCGUCUAGAGGAGACUAAGUGGGAGGUGUGUCAGAAGGCCGGAGAGAUCUCCCUGCUGAAACAGCAGCUGAGGGAGAGUCAGGCUGAAGUGACUCAGCGAGCUGGAGAGAUGGUGGCCCUGAGGGGGCAGCUGAAGGAGCUCAAUGCCCAGCUGAGGGAGCGGGAGGAGGCCAUGCUGGGCCUGAAGGACUCCUACAGCAACAAGAGUCUGGAGCUGGAGAAGUGUGAGGUAGAGCUGAGGAGGACUCUGUCAGAGGUGUCCCUCCUCAGAGAAAAGCUGGGUGUGUUUGAGGCAGAGGUGCUCGGUUUAAAGCGGGCUCUCAAUGAAGUGAGCAGAGGAGCAGAAGUUGUAAUAAGCCCGAACCUCGCUGCUGCAGGACUUUUGCCGCCAUGGGGCAUUGUCCACUGCCCACGCAACCCCACUGAGUCCUCGACCAACUCCCUUACCCCCACUGCUGAGACCCUGCUGAGUCUUCAGAGCGAUGAAGCCAAAGCCCAAAGGCAGGAGGCUCAAAGACAGGAGAGGCAGCAACGUGAAGAAGCUCAAUGGCGCGAAGUGCAGCUGCGGCAGGAUGCCCACAUGCUGCAGGACAUGCAAAUGCGUCAGGACGCCCAGGGUCGGCCUGAGGCUCAACUCCGCCAGGAGGCCCAGCAUCGUCAGGAGGUUCACCUCCGCCACGAAGCUCAAAUCCGUCAAGAGGCCCAACUGCGGCAAGAAGCCCAACUGCGCCAGGAAGUCCAGCUCCGUCAGGAGGCCCAGCUCCGCCAUGAGGCCCAAAUGCGUCAAGAGGCCCAGCUACGUCACGAGGCCCAACUCUGUCAGGAGGUGCAACUGCGUCAGGAUGCCCACCAGCCACAGCGGGGCCAGGAGGGUCACUGGGAUGAAGCAGGGGAGCUGCGCCGGCAGCUAGAGCAGCUACAGGCUGCUCUACGUCUGGAGCGGCAGCAACGGGAACGUCAGGCCCUCAACUUUGACCAGGAGCGCCACACUUGGCAGGACGAGAAGGAACGGGUUUUAAAAUACCAGGCUCAGCUGCAGCUCAGCUAUGUGGAAACGCUGCAGAAGAACCAAGCUUUGGAAAAACGUAUGGGCCAGUUGGGAGCCAAACCAUCCACAACCUCCACCACCACCACGAUUACAACAACUACCACCACCUCCCCCACCUCCUCCAAUUCUCCACCGCCACCACAAGGCCUCUCACCCCUGUCUCCUCCGUCCAUACCCUCUAUUUCUGGCCCCAUUGCCCUCACCCUCUCCCCACCCUGUGAAGACCAGAAGGGCCCUCCUUCUCUCAACCAGCUGGCCCCUCCCUGGGCAGGAGCCUCCCGUCUGGAGAGGAUAGAGUCCACUGAGAUAUAG